AUGUCUCUGGAUCUUUCUAACCCAGGCCGCACCAUCCAAGCGGGAGUCAUCCUCAUGGGGCAAACGGAGAUUCUCGAUGUUGCCCCCAUCGACUUCCUCCAUGGCAUCAGCCGUCGGUUCAUAACAGCACUUCCGGUUCCGGACGAGAUCAAGGCUAAGGCGUUGGAUAUCGACUUCCACUGGGUUACGGAGAAGGGAGGACCGGCGAAACUGACCAGCAACAUCACCAUGGAGGCUACUGAUUCCUACGACUCCUGCCCACGGCUCGAUAUCGUUCUCAUGGGUGCUUAUUUUCCUGGUUAUACGCCCUCCGAUGCCGACCUUGGCUUCAUUCGCAAGGCCGCUGAUGAAUGCGCUGCUUUCAUCUCCAUUUGCGGGGGCAUUGUCCCGGCAGCGCUGGCAGGUGUACUCAAGAAUAAGACGUGUACUGGGCCAAGAGAACUGAUCCCUCAGUUUCCGGCAAUGCUGGAUCCAAGCAUCAACUGGGUUGAAAAGCGGUGGACGAGGGAUCGGAAGGUGUGGACCAGUGGGGCACUGUUGAACGGCCUAGAUCUGAUGAGAGAGUUUACCAAAGCCUACUGGCCGGAAUUGGCAGAGGCCGUUAUCCCGUUGGGCGGAAUGCCGGUGAGAAGCGCCGACUAUGAAUACUGA